AUGGCUUGUCCGGCGCUUAUAAACACACUCACACACAAAUCUAUCUAUCUAUCUAUCUAUCUAUCUAUCUAUCUAUCUAUCUAUCUAUCUAUCUAUCUAUCUAUCUAUCGUGGAUUACUUACAGUGUGCUUGGUUGAUAAAAAUGAAAGAAAGACUAGAACGCAGAAACUGUCAUUCUUCUUCUUUUUUCUUCUUUUUCUUCUUCUUUUUCUUCUUUUUCUUCUUCUUUUUCUUCUUUUUCUUCUUUUUUCUUUUUUUCCUUUUUCUUUUUCACCUUUUUUCUUCUUCUUUUUCUUCUUCCUUUUCUUCUUUUCUUCUACUUUUUCUUCUUCCUUUUCUUCUUUUUUCUUCUUUUCUUCUUCUUUUUCUUCUUUUUCUUAUUUUUCUUCUUUUUUAUUUUUCCUCUUUUUCUUCUUUUUCUCCUUUUUUCUUCUUCUUUUUCUUCUUCCUUUUCUUCUUUUUUCUUCUUUUUCUUCUUUUUUCUUUUUUUUUUCUUCUUUUUUUUUUUCUUCUUUCUUCUUUUUCUUCUUCUUUUUCUUCUUUUUCUUCUUCUUUUUCUGA